AUGUACGCAUGCCGGCUCUCUAUACUGACGCACUUACCUAGUCGCCGGCUGUCGAUAUGCGGGCCCCUCCCGCCACGCGCUCUCCCACUUCCCCGUAUCACGCGCAAGGCAAACUACUCGAAAGUCACAAAAACGCAAACCAAAAUAUCGGGGAGGCAGAUGAGGAGGGUCCGUUUCGUCGGUGGCGAACGGCGAAGGCGACACAGCACCCCCCCAACAAACGCAUGCAUCGACGUUUCGGGUGGCGUUGGUGGGUUGUACCGGGAAAGGGGGAGGGGGUACCAUAAACCAAACGGACGGGAGACGCGUGGGGGCAAGGGGGGGGGGGGCAUCGGUCCAGGCGAAGCCGCGCGGCUC